AUGAUCCUCGAGCUUCAUGUCUGGGGCCCCGCGUUCUCUCUCCCGUCCAUCGAUCCUCACUGUUUAGCUGCAAUUGCAUACCUUCAACAAGCUGUUCCGCGAGGGAAAUGGGUCCUGGUUGCUACCAGCGAUCCCGCUCUAAGCCCAACAAAUGAACUUCCUGCCUUGAGAAACGGCGAUAUCUGGAUUGGCGGCUUUAGGAAUAUUUUCCACUACCUGGCGCAAUUCUCGUCUGGGGAAUGGGUGCUUGAUGCUGGCCUGCCAGAUCAGCAGGGUGCGGAUUGCAUUGCCUUCUCGUCCUUCGUGGAAUCUCAUGGGCAGCCCCUCAUCGACCUAUCCCUCUACGUCUCCUCACAGAAUUAUACCACCAUAACACGCCCUAUUUAUAACACAAUCCAAGCAUUCCCUCUGCCAUACCUCACCCCACCUUCUAUUCGCGCAACUGCGAAACAACGGACCGCACAUCUUGGCCUCUCAUCACUCGAUGUUGACACAGAAAACGGGGAAGGCCGUCGCGAACCUUCCAUCAUACCGGAAAGCUUACGAAAACCCAAGCCCACGGUUUCGAAUCUCCUUGCAGCAUCUCCAGAGACAAAUUCCCAGAUCAGGCUUAGUGCCUUGGCCACGACUCUUUUUGAGCCAUUACAAAAACUGAAGGGGAAGAAGCGGUACUUGGUGUCGGAUACCCAUUUCUCGAGUUUAGAUUGUCUGGCUUUGGGGUAUCUGUCCCUAAUUCUAGUGCCUGAUCUGCCACAGCCAUGGCUCGCGCAGACGAUGCGGUCGAACUUCCCGGAUUUAGCUGCGUGGACGGAAGAACUGGGUGAAUCAAUAUUUGGCGGACCAGUGGAUGUGAGUGACGCGCUGCUAUCCAAAGGCAAAGCCGAUACGAAACCUAUACGAACGUCGGAGAAAGGGAAAGGUUCCCUGCCUUGGGCUGCUCCUUAUAAUGGGGGCAUAAUUGGUGUUGGUAGAGUAUUUUUAUCUAGUAUUGGCGACUCGAUACCUAUCGUUGGCCAGCUAAGGAGGAAUACUAGGAUGCGGCAACACGGGGGCAAAACUCCUGGUGAUGAAUUACAAACCUCGUCGUCAUGGCAGACUCUUACCACGGUUGGUAGCGUUAUAUCUGCUGUGGGGUUAGUUCUUGGCUACAUGUUUCACCAGGGAGUAAUAUCUCUUCCUUCAAGUGAGGAAUCUGAAAAGCAAGGAAGUAAUACUGCUGAUUUGAAUGCAUUCGGGGAUGCGGGAGCAGCGUUGUCGAUUUAUGCGAAUCGGAUGGAUGCUGAGACUCAACGGCAAAGAGCCAUAGGGCAGCAAUUGGGGCAUGGUGCUCCAGUUGCUGAGGUAGAUGUUGAUGUUGACGUUAAGCGUGAUUUAGUGACGAUUACAGAAAAGUAA